UGCAGGGGCCUGUCUGUACACACUCCGUGGACACCCCCGCGUGCCCCGUGAACGAGGCGACAAAAUAAUAUCACGUGAUCCAAAAUGGGCAGUCCUCUGACGGUGCUGAAAAAAGCCAUUUUCUGGCGCUGCUGCAAAAUCUGUCCAAGUCCAAAUAAUUUACCUGGAUCCUGGUUGGGAGGAGAAGGAAACUUUGAUGUCUAAUCAGAUCUGUCCAGAUGGAUAAAAUGCAACCUAACCGGAUUAAAAUCACAGAUCUGAACCCACACCUCACAUGCCCACUGUGCGCCGGUUACUUAGUGGAUGCUACGACCAUCGUUGAGUGUCUGCACUCCUUUUGUAAAACAUGCAUCGUUGCCUUUCUGGAGACUAAUAAGUUCUGUCCACGAUGUGACGUCCAGGUUCACAAGACGUGUCCACAGCUCAGCAUCAGAGCGGACAAAACUCUACAAGAUAUCGUUUAUAAGCUUGUUCCGGGGUUAUUCAAAGAUGAGAUGAAACGGAGGCGGGACUUUUACGCAGAGAACCGUGUACUGGAACCAGGGGAAGUGGUGGAGACAUUUAACAUAGCGGAGGAUGAAAUCAUCAGUCUCUCCAUACAGUUCUAUGAGAGGAACAAAAACAAUGAGAGGCAGCGCUCAGAGAUGGAUGGAGACAAGGCCAAUGGUAAACGUUUCCUGCAGUGCCCUGCAGCCAUGUCUGUCAUGCAUUUAGCAAAGUUCCUCAGGAGCAAGAUGGAUAUACCCAACAACUACCGGGUGGAGGUGUUGUAUGGAGAUGAGCCCCUGAAGGACUACUACACACUAAUGGAUAUUGCCUACUUCUAUGAGUGGAGACGAACUGGACCCAUCCCGUUGCAGUAUUUGGUCAAACCCACUCGGAAGCGUCGAAGGCCAUCCCAGUCGGCCGCCCAGGGCCACUCGGACGGCGUCAACACCAGCCCUACAUCAGAGAGCGACUCACAGAGCGACAAAGUCCACAGUCCUGCCUCAGCAGCCCAGCCGCCCCGGGCCUCGUCACAGUCCAGCCCCGCGUCCCACAACCUCCCCCCCGCCACCCAAAGCUCCAACUGUACCACUGUGCCCAACAAUACUCAGCGACACACUCUGCCCUCCAAACAGGGCGCCAAUGCUCGCAAGGUGACUGUCAAUGGUACGAGCAGCGGGGGCGGGAAAGAGGAAGUGAGGGGCGGCGACAAAAGCGGUUUACCCCCUACGACCUAACACGUGAUCCCAUCCGACAGGGAGGACAGUGUUCAUAUCGCUCCCUCAUUUCUACGGAGCAAAAAGACAAGCUCGAGCCUUCGGAGGACGAACAGGAGGCAGAUCUGUUCUCAUCUUUCAGCAGGAGAGACUGAAAAGUGCAGCCAAAUAGACACUUGCGUAUGUGUGUGUGUGCGUGUGUGUGUGUUUACGUGCGUUAGACUAGAACAGUGCACACAUACAAACUGUAUAGUAUGUAUCAAAUGUGAGCAUGUGUGCAUACAUAUGUAUAAACUUAUCUUUUAUACAAGAUAUUGUAAUUGUUUUGUAUUGUAUAUGCAGUGGGUCUGUUUCAUUUCUGUAGUUCCAUCUACAUUAAUUUGACUUCUAUAAAACUUGAGACAAAAUGCUGAAUGGCAUUGCAGUGCAAACCACUGCGCAAGUUGGAUGUAAAGAAGAAAAAAAAAAAGCUGCCCUUUGCCUUUGAACAGUCAUGUUAAUAACUGCUGUAUAAGUGUCCCAGUAUAAGCAAACAUUCAUCAGGUUUCGCACGUACAUUGAACUGUCCAUGCACUUUCCUACGGUCACAUUACACAUGCCAAACCAACGAGUAUUUUCCUCCAGAAGAAGCAUUUAUAUUUCCAUACUUCCAAGCACUACCACGCUGAAAGCGGACGUUUGAUGUUUGUCAGCAGACCAUGAACCUUUGUCUCAUGGCAGUCGAGGAACUCAAAAGGGAUUUGAAUAUUUGGCCAUGUACGUAUGUUGUAGUUCCAUAAAGUUCAACAUUCCUUUUGCUUUCUUUUGAAACAUACAAUGAUACUUUUUUAUCAGCCAUAUGUGCAUGUUUUAGGUCAAUAAAAUGUUUACUUACUAGUUUUUUUCUGA